UCCUAAAACAAUUGCGGGCACUCUCGAAAAAAAGGGUAACUUAGACAAUGCAACAUCCUAAGCCAAGUAGGGGUAGAACUACAGGAACUACCGGAAAACUUGUAAAGAGUACAUCUGGAGCAAAUCGGGACAGCCUUUCCUCCCAAAGUUCCUCAACUAACCGAUCACCACGCACUCCAGCAUCCGAGAAAAAACGUGUUGGCAGAGUAUCUGAAUUGGAAACCCAAGUUGCACAGCUUCAAGAAGAACUCAAGAAGACAAAGGAUCAUUUGAGUGAAUCGGAGUUAUGUCAGAAGCGAGCUCAUCGGGAGGCCGAAGAUGCCAAGAAGCAACUUGCAGCUACGUUAGCGAAGCUCGAGGAGUCACAACAACAGCUCGACGAGAUAUGGGCUUGUGAAGAAUCUAGAAUUCAGGAACUUAGGAAAAUCUCACAGGAUCGAGAUCGAGCAUGGGAGUCUGAACUGAAAGCUGUACAGAAACACCAUGAGAUGGACUCAGCUGUUUUAGCCGCUACCAUGAAUGAAAACCAGAAACUCAAGAUCCAGCUUCAAAAGGUGGUGGAAUCUGAAGCGACACGGGCUAAGGAUAUCGAGUCUGCUCAUGGUCAUGAGGUACAUAUGUUACGGUUAGAGCUUUCGGAAGCUCUUGAUCUUGUUGAAGAACUCAAGGAUCGAUUGAAUGAGUCAAAAGAAUCGGAAGCUCGAGCUUUGGAGCUCGUUAGUCAAACUCGAGAGCAACUGGAAAUGGUAAAGCCGGGUAUGGAGAAAGAUGUGGUGGAGUUGACAGAAGAUGGGGAUGGAAGUGAUGAAGCGGCACGGGUGGUGGAGUUGGGAUCCGCUCUGGCGGCGAAUGCAGAGAUGGAAAACGAGCUACGGAGGCUGAAAGUUCAAACGGAGCAGUGGAGGAAGGCGGCGGAGAUGGCUGCGGCCAUGGUUUUGGGUGAUGGUGAUGGGAAGUUUGUUGAGCAGUCGUCGGAGUCGUUUGAGUUUCAUGCUCCUGGUGAAAAGUCGAAUUCGCCAUAUUCUGAAGAUACAGAAGAGGACUCAACGAACAAAAAGACCAACAGCAUGUUGAAGAAAAUCGGAGUAUUGUUGAAGAAAGGCCAGAAGCAGUUCGAAACAUCUACCAAAUUUUGCUGGUGGUAG